AUGCUGGAACCAGAUAAUGUAAUCGAAAUGUUGAUUAUACGCUACAAGUUUGCUCCACUUCCUCCCAGGCCAAAGGUUCGAAACCAUAUUUCAAAGAAUCUGGAUCCGAAUCCUUCCAACAUUGACGAUGAUCCAUCCGCAGUUGGUUACGAGAGCGUUUGCAACUUGAACGUUAUUGCACGAGCCAUACUCGUUUUUCCGGAAUUGCUUAAUGUUUGGAGGCAAAAUGGAUACCACGAAGUAGUCGAAGAUACAAAUGAUUAUGUGAUCAGGGGUUUAUUGCAAAUACUGUAUCCAACCGAUCCGCCAGUUGAUUGGGUCAAACCAGAUUUAGGUCAAGUUGUUACGAAAUUGAGUGAUCUACAAUCGCAUGGAUAUGAAGUGACUGAUGACUUGCUUGGAGAUGUCAUGAUAUUGCUUGAGCAAAAGUUAGACGAUAUAGGAGAUGUACUUGUUAACGCGUUCGCCGUUGUUUGCCAUAAGACUGAGCAAGAUACACUAUCUAUCUGUUUAAGGGAACUGUUGAAUCCAGCGAGAGAUCUAAAACUAGAUCAUUCACUUGAUUUUGUAAUUAAUGCGAUUGACGACCCCGAAGAAGAAAUCCUUGCCGCAUUCGAUGAGUACGACAUUGAAAAUCCCAUCGAGGCGGAUCUAGACAGUAAUGGUUCUAUUUCUGAAGAUUAUACGAUCCACAAAUACUCGCCUGUCGUGUACGAACACUUACUGGCAAAGUUUGGUGCCGACUCUCGUGUGGUUAGAUAUUUGAUGAACGAAAUUACAACUACACGUAUACAGAAAGCCAGACUUCGUGCAUCUAACCGUACUCUGCCGCAGUCCUCCGCCCGAAUCGACAAUUUAUGGAAAGAAUUGGAUGAUAUCUUCUGUCUAUAUUGCAAGGAGAAGGUGCCUUGGGAACCACAGCUUGUGCCUUUGCUCAGAACAUGUCCGAGUAAGAGGGUAAUCAAAUGUCUAUUUUUUGAUGGAUAUCUGCCAGAACUGUUUGGAUUUCAAGCCAAUAAUCGAUUACCGAGGACAACCACAACGCUAAGGUUCAAUAUCGCCUCGUUAUCCAGAAGGCAUAGGACAAACGGCGAAGUAGAGGACGAGAAAACGGAAUGGAGGACUCGUUUUAAUGCUGGCGGAGCCAUGACAGCUGUAUUUGAAAAACAGCUUGAAAAGCUUCGCGUGCAUCUUGGCCGAUAA